AUGGACAUCCCAUCUGGAUCUAGAAAUGUUUCCGGGGGCAGUAUAGCAGCUACUGGAUUAGAAAAGGGAGAUACCAUAUUAAAAAUUGGUAGCCAGCCAACGGAAUUUCUAACACACGCAGAAGCACAGGGACUUAUCAAAGAUAGCGGAAACCUUAUUCAGUUAACAGUGCACAAGGGAGGAGGAUUACUGCCUCAGAGGUUAACGCCAACUUUCAAAGACAGAAGAAUUCAUGACAUUAACAAUAUAUACUCAAUAAACGGGCCUAGGUCAGAUUACUAUGGAAACAAGGUGAUAGAAAAUACGUCGAAUCACCACAGAGACUCGGAUUUCGUGGAUUAUUCCGAUUCAACUAAUCACCUUUCUUCACAAAUACCACAAACUUUUGCUCAACGAAAUCUCCAAAGGGUGAAUUUCCCUCCGGAGCCUCCUGACAGCAUGACGUCUGCCAUUCCUCCACCACCCCCACCACCCCCUCCUCCCCCGCCAGGACCCAUUGUGCCAGGGGCAUGGCGGAAGCAAUAUCAAGAACAAAAUGCAUUACAGAAUAACCAUUCAUCGUCUGACAACUGGGGCAGCUCGUCUUUCUCUGACGGGGACACUACAGGAGAAUAUGUGCCUGACAAACUACAGACUGCCAUGACCAGGAAAGAUGGCAAGACGCCAUUCACCUACACACCAGGAGCAAAAUUAGACCUUAAUGAGAGCGAAGUUUUACAAAGGAAAAAAUUAAGAGAACAGAUGAAGCACGGCGAAGCUACCUCUCCACCGCCGACUUCAACAAAGGCCUCGGCGUCACAGAAAAUUCUAAUGCAGGCUCUUGAAAAAGGCCAGGUUUUGCCCGUCGCGCCUCCAACAGCCACCCCCGGGCAGGGAAAACCCAAAGGCGGCAUAUCGCUUGCUGCCUGCGAAGCACCACCGAAAGCUACAGACGAAAGGGACUACACACAGUCUGACGUAUAUAAAAUGAUCCAUAAUCAAAUCCCACAGAAGAAACAAAUGAUUCAUCAUAAAGUCCCUGAGAAGAAACCUGCACCACAGAAUCAAAUCCCUGAAAGGACACCAGCGCCACCAGUCCCUGAG